AUGAGAAAUAUUAGCAUUUGUUUACAAAGUUCCGGCAAAGGCGAUUGGGCCAUAAUUGAACUGCAAGGUGAUCUGGAAGUCAGAAGCAAUCAAGAUAUGCAUGAUCAGUUCAUUGGGGAUCUCUACUACAACAAAUAUGGGCAGCCUAUUCUGAUCAUUGGCCACCACAUCCUACAGGGUCGCGAGCAGAAGCUGGAGAAACCCUUCGCCGUUCUGGAAAAAUCAAAAACAAAUGAAGGCGAACGUCUGCUGGACACCAGUAUUGCCACUCAGGACAUGACCAUGACCCAGCUGAAUGCCACCUCGGGAGCUGAACGCACUGUGCUGGAUCACACGAUUGCCCAGGAGCACAAGAGUCGACAGCGAACCGAGUACACCGUCCGCGCCAUUUGCACCAAAAAAUUAAUCUUCAAGUCUCGACCGAAACCCAUUAUAGCCAAUGUGGCCAAGACCGUUUAAGUGUCUUUUUUUAAAAUAUAUGUAUAGUUUUAUUAAA